AUUCUUUCAAUAGAAAACAAAAAUGAAAGUGUUUGUCAUCUUUGCACUGAUAAAUGUGAUAAAACUAGCUAAACCUGCAUUUAACAUGUUAUGAAUGUAUUUAUAGAUCUGCAUGCGUUUGUGCAAAUAACAAUUGGAGGCUUCUAAUAGAAUCGAAAUAAGAAUCUGGUAUAAAUACUGCAGUUUUAGCAUUAUCACAACUAUAGAUUUUUUAACUUUGUACUGUUCUGAGUCUUUUAAUCAGAACUAUCGAAACAAUGAAACUUUUCCUUAUUACCGUCACCCUAUUGGCCAGCACCUGGGCCCAAUCACUUUCUAGUGAAUAUUUGCCUCCUGUGGAGGAAUACUCGGGUGCCUCUAGCAAUGCAGUGGAAACAAAUUUUUUGGAAAAUGAACCUGCUCAUUCGUUAGCUGAUGACGGCUAUCGUUACAAAACCGUCAAACGUUUCCGUUUGCGCCAUCGCCGUGAUGUAAGUGAAUUAUCUAACAGUUACUUGCCUCCUCAUGCCGCUUCUGCUCCAGCACCUGUUUAUUCUGCUGCUGCUGAAGCUGCCCCAGCUCCAGUCUACUCUGCCCCAGCUGCCACUGAAUCCUACGAAGUUGAGGCUUCUGAACCCGCUCCUUCCCACUCUUUCGGUGAUGAUGGUUACCGUUACAAAACUGUAAAACGUUAUCGUCUCCGCCGUCGUCGUGAUGUUAACGAAUUGUCCAACAGUUACUUACCUCCCCAUGCUGCUUCUGCACCAGCUCCCGUAUUCUCAUCUGCUGUUGAAACCGCUCCUGCUCCCGUAUACUCCGCCCCAGCUGCCACUGAAUCCUAUGAAGUUGAGGCUUCAGAACCCUCUCCUGCUCACUCCUUCGGUGAUGAUGGUUACCGUUAUAAAACUGUAAAACGUUAUCGUCUCCGUCGUCGUCGUGAUGUUAGCGAAUUGUCCAACAGUUAUUUGCCUCCCCAUGCUGCCUCUGCUCCAGCUCCUGUAUACUCAGCUCCAGUUGAAACUGCUCCAGCACCUGUGUACUCAGCUCCAGCUGCCACUGAAUCAUAUGAAGUUGAGGCUUCUGAACCUGCUCCUGCUCACUCCUUCGGUGAUGAUGGUUACCGUUAUAAAACUGUAAAACGUUAUCGUCUCCGUCGUCGUCGUGAUGUUAGCGAAUUGUCCAACAGUUAUUUACCUCCCCAUGCUGCCUCUGCUCCAGCUCCUGUAUAUUCUGCUCCAGUUGAAACUUCUCCAGCACCUGUGUACUCAGCUCCAGCUGCCACUGAAUCAUACGAAGUUGAGGCUUCCGAACCCGCUCCUGCCCAUUCUUUUGGUGAUGAUGGUUACCGUUACAAAACUGUAAAACGUUAUCGUCUCCGCCGUCGUCGUGAUGUUAGCGAAUUAUCCAACAGUUAUUUGCCUCCCCAUGCUGCUUCUGCUCCAGCUCCUGUUUACUCAGCUCCAGUUGAAACUGCUCCAGCCCCAGUAUACUCAGCACCUGCUUCCACUGAAACAUAUGAAGUCCAAGCUUCAGAACCAGCUCAUUCAUUUGGUGAAGAUGGUUACCGCUACAAAACUGUAAAACGUUACCGCCUUCGUCGUCGCUACUAAACAGUACAAAUCUCUUUAUCAUUAAUGACUAUAUGAUCUAUUAUAAUGUUUAUAAUAAAUGAUUCGAUUUCAAUUUAUAUACAUAUAU